CUAAAAUAGGGGGGAAAUACGAAUUCAAUCUUCAGAUUUCAUUUUGUGUUUCAAUAAUAGUUGGGAGAUGUGGUUAUAGAAGACAAUAGCUAAAGGCCGUAUGAAGUGGGAAAAGCAAAAUGAUGAGAACCGGUGGAUAUUAAAAUUAGAAAAGUAAUAUGUAAAUGAAGAUAGAGAAUUACAAAUAAAUAUAAGGAAAUAGCUAGAUGAAGAACCGGAAAUAAAGGUGAAGGUUCUUGUUGAUGAAGAUGUAGCGCUGCUCGUUAAGCUUCUGGUUGAUGAAGAUAAACCGCUGCUCUUUUUAAUUUGAUGAAGAUGGAGUGCUGCUCGCUAAAUCUUUGUGAACUCUCUCCAGGGUUAGCAUUUUAACAUUGACUCGAGUCCUGUUUCUGGCAGCCAUGGCUUCAACGCUGAUUGAAUCAGAGAAAUAUGACUGCUUUAUCGGAGAAAAUUAUCAAACAGCACUAAACAACUUAAUCCAAGAGCUUUUGGAUUCCCUUCGCGAUGCCGAUUUCCCAAAGAAUAAAUCUUUGUGCUCAAACUUUCAAGAAUUGUUGCGACGUAAACCCAACCCACCUCUAGAAACGGUCUGGUUCUUUUAUGCUUUAGACUUCCAGAGCUCUAGUUCGGCAAAAAUCGACCGACCUUCGAGGCAGUUUGUAUCCAUAAAAGAUUUGUGUCAGCCCGUUGUUGCUUGCUCCGCUUCAU